CGUGGGGGGGGGCAGGAACAGCCGAACGCUGCCAUAGCGAGCAGCUGAUCGAGCCUGGCAACAGCUCCCAUCGUAGUAGAGCGCGAUAGCGACAACAACAACAGCAAGAACAACAGCAACACGCAUCUCAGUCGGCAUAGCGCUCGCAACAACAUGGCAGCAGCAGCUGCCAAGACAGCCUAACAACACUCGCUCCAGUCUGACAGCAACAACACCAACAGGUCCAGUUCGCACAGCAGCAGACAGACCGACAACAGCAUCGUCUGCAACAGAGACAGCAGCGUCUACGGCCAGGAUAGCUUCUGUUGUCGGUACACCCGGUGUAACAGCAGCAGUCUGCAUAGCAGGACCUACAGCCCAGUAUCAGCUACAGCUGAACAAUAGUAACAGCCUCGCACCAUCGAUACAGCCAGGACAGCACGGGCUACAGCAGGACACGGUGACGUCUGCAGCCUGCUGUCAGCAACAGCAGCACAACGUCUGCACCUACAACUUGACGACAGCAGGAGCCUACGGCGUGCCUACAGCCACGCGGUGAUGGAGAAUCGGCGGAGAGAUCUGUACAAGGCAGCAGGGCCCAGCAGCAGCGUGCAGGGCAUGAGGGCACGGCGCAGGGAGGAGGAGGCCGAGCUGCGUCGCGCUCGGAGAGAAUCUCAGCUCGUGAGCAAGCGAGCUCCCAGGGGCCCCGCAGCCUCCCCUGGCUCCCCCAGCUCCCCCCACGAGCCACAGGCAGCAGCAGCAGCAGAGACCGUGCCGCAGCUGUGGCUGGAGGUGCAGAGGACGGCGUCGUCUGGAGCCCUUGGCCCCAGGCUGGAGGCCCUGCGCGCGUUACGCCGGGCCCUGCCCAACCCGGACGCACAGGCGGCCUUCAUUGGCGUGGAGGGUGGCGUCCGCUCGCUCGUGGCGCUGCUGGCGCGCGGCCCCGAGCUGCAGCUGGAGGCGGCGCGCUCGCUGCUGCGCCUGUCGCACUCCGCGCUGCCCGCGGCGCCGCUCGCCUGCCUCGCCUCCACCUCCUACCUCGUCACGCUGCUGGGGGGCCACAGCCCCCAGCUCACGGAGGUGUGUCUGUACACGCUGGCAAACCUGGUGACGGAGAGUGCGAGGGCGCGGGAACAGAUGAUGGCACAGGGGCUCCUCCCCGGGAUCGCAUCCUGCCUGCAGUCUCCCCACGGGGCGGUGCAGGAGGCCGCUGCGUUUGCGCUGUCCCAGCUGCUCCAGGCGCCCGAAGCCUUCGACCGCAUCAUCCCGGCGGUGCGGGCGGCCGGGCUGCCCUCGCUCCUGCGGACGCCGCUGGUGCUGACCCCCGGGGCUCGCGACAUUCCGACGAGCGCCGUGGAAGCGGCGUGGUGCCUCCACUACCUGGCGUGCAGGUUGCCCACGUGUGGAGCGAGCGAUCUUGUGGAGGAGCCUUUGAUCCGCGAGGCCGUGGGGGUGCUGGUCGAGCUCGGGGGGCGGCUUCUGAGCUCCCCCAUCCCGGAGUACGCCGAGCUGCUGGUCGUGCCGCUGGUCCGCUGUGUGGGCAACGUGGUUUGCGGGGGGCUCGGCGAGGGGUCCCGGCGAGCCGUGCGCGACGCAGGGCUCCUGCCGGUGCUGCUGGUCUUGGCCGAGCGCUUCCUGCCCAAGCGCCCGUUCGUGAGCCGCGAGUGCCUCUGGCUCGUGGGCAACUUGACCGCCGGCGAGCCGGCCUGGUGCUCCGUGCUGCUCCGUCUCGGCGCUCACGUUCGCCUCGCCGCACUGCUGCGCCACGGUCAAGGGGUCGGACUCAUGGCGGCGCGCGUGCUCUGCACCGUGGCCGUGCGUGCUGGGCCCUCGUGCUCGCUGCUCGGGGGCUGCCCGGAGCUGCUGAGCGCCGCCGCCUCCGUGUCCCUGGGCGGCGAAGCGGCGCCGGGGGAUCGUGACCCCGAGCUCCGGGUCACGGCGCUGCAGCUGUGGCAGCCGCUGCUGGCCAACAGCCCCGAGGCCCGUGCGUGGUUCGAGAACGAGGGGGGCCCCGCACAGCUGGAGUCGCUGCUGCUGCAGAGCAGCGGCGCGGACGAGCGAGUGCGACAAGUCGCCCGCGUCCUGCUGCAAGCGCCGCCCCCUGCGGAGGGGUGGCUAGUCACGUGAACAUCGCCCCCCCCCCCCACUCUGCCCCCCCCCCUCACUAUCCUCCCUGACUUGCCGUCGUCGACUGGACCAGUUCAACGAGCGAGGAAAUGGAGUCGAGCUGGGACGAUUUGUCAAUUAUGCCUCGAGAUUCCUGGCUGGCGGCUGGCUGGGCUCCUCAGUGGCUGCUGCUGGUCGUUGCUACCGAAGCUAGCUGGGUAACUGGCUACGCGGGAUUUUCUGUGUAACAAAUAAACAUUCGGUUGAAGUUCAGAAGAAGUUUAAUAAUUAUUAUUAUAGAUAGCGACACCAAAGAGGUUGGAGUAACGGUUCAUUUAAAAUUGUUACCACAUUUCAAUUUGCUCCUAUUAAUGUCAUUCACCAGAAUAUUCUUUAAAUCCUAUACAACCUUUUAAAAAACCCCCACGGUACAUAUUAUCUUAAGUAAAAAUACAGAUUAAUUGUAGUGCUCCGAGUACAGGAGGGUUGUGGGAAGAGUAUGAACAAUGACAGCUGUUUAUUAUUUCACAUUGCAGAGCAACAACGGAAUCUCUGCUCGUCGGAUUUAAAAUAAAAUGC